AUGGCCAACUCAACCCGCAUUUUGGAGGGCAAAUUCGGCAUCGUUACUGGUGGAUCGCGGGGAAUCGGUGAGGCCAUUGCCCGCAACCUCGCUGAAAAAGGAUGCCACUUGCUGCUCAACUACACCUCCGAGUCCUCACGCGGCCCCACCGACGAGCUGUGUGCCUCCCUCGCUUCCGCGCAUAACAUCCGCUGUGAGAAAGUCCAGGCCGACUUGAGCAAGCCUGAGGAGGCCCUCAAGGCCAUCCUAGAUGCCGCCAAGGAGAAGUUCAGCUCCAAUGGCAAACUACAGAUCGAUAUCCUCGUCAACAAUGCCGGUGUUGCCGGCGACUGUAAUCUAAACGACCCCGUCCGAGGUCCGAUUUCGGCUGACCAGUUCAACUGGAUCUAUACGAUUAAUGUCCUCGCUCCUCUACUCCUCACCCAGGCCGUUGCACCUUUCCUCCCGACCGACCGCAGCGGCCGCAUCGUGAAUAUCUCCAGCAUCUCCUCCCAGCUGGGUUUCGUCGGCCAGUCGAUCUAUGGCGGCACCAAGGCGGCUCUCGAGUCGAUGACGCGAACCUGGGCGCGAGAGCUGGCGGACCGUGCCACCGUCAACGCGGUGAACCCGGGGCCUGUCGUGGGCGACAUGUACUUCAAUGCCGGUGAGGACUUCUGGCGCGACAUCCAGGGAUUCCAAGAUAACGCCCCGGGGAGCAAGUUGGAUGUUACAGACCAGGAGACCAUGGAUCGGUUGACGGACGCGCAAAAGGUCGCUAUUCAGGAGAAAAUGGGAGGUCGGAGACCGGCGUUUACCAGCGAGGUUGCCGGUGUGGUCGGAAUGCUGACCACGCCAGAUGCGCAGUGGUGCACUGGCAGCCUGGUUUGUGCCAAUGGUGGCAUGAAAAUGGUAAUGUAA